AAUGUACGUGUAGAUAUAUACUACUUCACUAACCCAGUUCAGUUUGUGAACCUCCAAUACUCUCAUCUCAACUCUCUCUCUCUCCCAUGGCAAAACUCACCUUCUCACUCGUUUCUUUCGCACUUGUCUUCCUUGUCUUACGAUCAUGUCAUCUUCUAAUCAACCCAAAACUCACUUUCUCAUUCCAACCCAAAUUCUGGGCCUUCAAAUCCAUGGUAACCCGACCCGGAACCACUCGCAGGUCUCUAGACCAUUUUACUCGGAGCCCUAAACACCCACUGGACCCACUCACAGUACAAGAGGUUGAGAGGGUUCGAACCAUUCUCUCUUCUUACCCACCUUUCGUCUCAACCUUCCCACCUAUUCACUCCAUGGUUUUAGACGAGCCCGACAAGUAUCGGGUCUCCAGCUGGAAAACGGGCGACCCGGUUCUACCCAGAAAGGCUUCUGUCGUUUCACUGGUUAACGGCAAGUCUCAUGUUGUAACGGUAGAUCUGGAUUUGGGCCGGGUCACGGCCCAUGUGAUAAGCCCAACUUCCGGAUACCCGAUGUUGACCUUGGAGGAUUUGUCCAACGCCUUGGAAGUGGCACUUUCGGAUCCCAAGUUGAAGAAAUCUGCGAUGGUGAGAGGUGUUGACGUUUCUGACCUGGCUUGCAUAACCCCUUCGGUGGGCUGGUUUGGGCCCAAUGAGGAAGGAAGAAGGCUUGUAAAGAUCGUGUGCUACUCUAGGCAAAACACCUCAAAUUACUUCAUGAGGCCCAUUGAAGGCCUGGUCAUGACAAUAGAUCUUGACAAACGAGAAGUUGUUCAAUUUGUUGACAAGGGUCAAGACAUACCAAUUCCAAGUGAGACCAACACUGAUUAUCGAUACACAGAUGACCAAAUGAGGAAGAAGAGUCAGCCCAAAAUGAAGCCACUAAACUCCAUUUCCAUAGAACAGCCCAAUGGGCCGAGUUUCAGCAUCGAAGAUGGGCACGUAGUGAAAUGGGCCAACUGGCAGUUUCACCUCAAGCCCGACCCAAGAGCUGGGAUGGUGAUUUCUAGGGCUAUGGUUCAGGAUUCUGAGAGUGGUGAGUUGAGAAAUGUUAUGUACAAAGGGUUUGCUUCAGAGUUGUUUGUGCCUUACAUGGAUGUAAGUGAGGCUUGGUACUUUAAGGGUUAUAUGGAUGCAGGUGAGUUUGGGCUUGGGGCCACUGCUAAGUCACUUGUAGCCCUAAAUGAUUGCCCAAAGUAUUCUUACUAUAUGGAUGGAGUUUUUGUGGGCUCAGAUGGCAGGCCCUAUAUUGAGCCUAAUAUCAUUUGUGUUUUUGAACGUUAUGCCGGAGAUAUUAGCUGGCGUCACACAGAUUUUCUUGUACCUGGCUCUGAGAUUAAAGAAUCAAGAAGGAAGGUGACACUUGUGGCUCGGAUGGCUGCUUCAGUUGGAAACUAUGAUUAUAUAUUUGACUGGGAAUUUCAAACAGAUGGUUUGAUUAAAGUCAAGGUAGAGACCUCAGGAAUGCUGAUGGUGAAAGGGAGUCCAUAUCAGAACGUAAACCAAAUUCCAAAGGAAGAAGAAAUGAGCGGUCCUUUAGUGUCUGAAAACCUAAUUGGAGUUGUUCAUGAUCAUUUUGUUACUUUCCACCUUGACAUGGAUGUGGAUGGGCCAAACAAUUCAUUUGCCAAGGUUAGUUUGGUCAAAGAAGAGACUUCUCCCCCCAACUCAUCACCGAGAAAGAGUUACUUGAAAGUCCAGAGACACGUAGCCAAAACCGAAAACGACGCCAAAAUUAAUCUCAAGCUCACCGAGCCUUCAGAACUUCAUGUCGUUAAUCCAUCUAAGCUCUCCAGCCUGGGAAAUCCUUCUGGUUAUAAACUUGUCCCUGGGAGAACUGCAGCUAGUUUGCUUGAUACAUUUGAUCCUCCACAAAUAAGAAGUGCUUUCACAAAUAAUCAGGUAUGGGUGACACCUUAUAACAAGAGCGAGCAAUGGGCUGGUGGGUUUUUGGCAUAUCAAAGCAAAGGAGAUGACACAUUGGCUGUGUGGUCUGAGAGGAACCGUCCGAUAGAGAAGAAGGACAUUGUGUUAUGGUACACACUGGGAUUCCAUCAUAUACCAUGUCAAGAGGAUUUCCCUAUCAUGCCAACGGUGUCAGCAAGCUUUGAUCUCAAGCCAGUCAAUUUCUUCCAACUCAAUCCUAUUUUACGACUUCCGCCAACUUUUGAAGAUGACUUACCUAAUUGUAAACCAUCCAUCUCUCAAUCAUGGUAUCUUUAAUUAGUACUAAUGUAAAUAAAAAUAUAUGUUGGCAAUUCAUUUUUUGUCAAGAGGGAAUAAUUGAUGUAAAAUUAAUAUAUAAUAGAAAAUGAAUCAUUAAAAAUUAUUCAAAUAAAAUAGACUUAUGUAUGUUUA